CCUGGUUUAACAAAUUUCCUUCAAGCUCCAACAAAGGUAUGUCCAGAUACAAGAGCAAAGAUAUGUCAAGAUACAAAAGCAAAGAUAUGUCAAGAUACAACCACAAAGAUAUGUCCAGAUUCAAGACCCAAAACAAAGGGAAAUAAGGAAAAUUCUUUUUCCCAAGUUGUAGAUGAAGAUAACAAAAAUAAUGUGGUUCAACAUACUAAUGAUUCUAAAACUACUAAGGAAAUAGUCGAACCUACACAAGCAUCGCAACGCGACUUAAAUGGAGUCAAAGAACUUGAUGAGAGUGAAGCACUAAGGUAAGUUUCUUUUCACUUAAAAUAUCUUACACCAGAUCCAUUAUUUUAGUUUUUAAGGAAACAUGCUUAAAUUUUAUUAUUAGAAAGUAUCAGUGUUUCAAAAGCAAGACAAAGUUUUUUUAAACAAAUUGUGAGAAUGCAACUGUUUGUGUUAUGCCCAGUGUUGUUUUUUUUUUAAUAUUGAAUUGUUGAACUUGAAUGGCAGUCCAAUGUCUCUUGUUACUUACUUUAAUAGUAGGUAGUCUUUUGUUCUACUUGACAUAAAACUUGAUUUUCUGUAUUCAAAAUAAAAAUUCUCCAGCUUUUGUUUAUCCUAAUGAUCUGAGAAUGGGUAGACAACUUAGUCUUGCAGUACAAGUUAAUCUUUUAAUGAUCUGAGAAUGGGUAGACAACUUAGUCUUGCAGUACAAGUUAAUCUUUUAAUGAUCUGAGAAUGGGUAGACAACUUAGUCUUGCAGUACAAGUUAAUCUUUCAAGUAUGAAAUCCUCACUCACUUCUUUUUUUUUUUUUCCAAAAUAUGUUUGUAAAUAUUUAGUUCAAUGAAGAGUGAAUUGUAAAAAAUAAUCUUAACAUAUUAUGUUUGUGUAAUGUUAUGUUCUACAAUGCCUUGAUUUCUCUAUUUAUUUGUUACAGUUUUGAACGUAAUACUGUUCAGAAUUUCCAAAUACAGCAGAAGGUGAUUGAAGAAGCAAACAAACACAAGCGAGCUCUUUUGUCAAAAGCAAUAGAAGAUAGGUGAGAUUUUAAUGCAUGCAAUAUGUAUGAUAGAGUUUAAUCAUACAUAAAAGAUUAUGACAUUCAAUUCAUCAACAUUUCUCACUUUUAUUUAGUCACUUUUAGGACCUUUUUCCAGUGGUCCAGUCUUGCUGGAACGAGUUUCUGGACUUUUUUGUUUGUUGCCAAGUAAUGAAUGCAUAUUUAUUUUUGGAGGAGGGAUCUUGGGUGCGUUCCCUCAAUUUUAUUUCCCCUGGACUCAACCCCUGCCCCUUUCCAUGCAGAAACUAUAAGCUUUUAGGGUCUAGUUGAAGUGUAUCUUUAAGUUGAGCAUUGCAUAAAGUUUUUAGAUCAAUUUAAAGAUGACACUUACUUUCCAGGAGAAAACAAGCUAAAGCUGAGGCAGAGAAGUUGAUGAAAGUUCAAUAAGAAUUGAACCAUCUUGACAGUCUGCUUACAGCCGAUGUCAGCAUAAUCAGAGAUAAGAUUGAAAUAGCCAGCUUAGAGUACAAUGAUGCUCAGUGAGUUUUGUCAUCCUCGUAUGCAUGGUGCACUGAAGAUUGUCAAUGCACAUUUACUCAUCAAUUUAAAUCAAGUUGCUAGAGCUUACAUUACCAUUACAUAUUAUUUGUAAAAUAUUUUGUGAAAUAUUUUCGUCCAUUUAUUUUAAAUUUCUCAGCUUUUUAAAGUAUAUUUUCAUUGUUCUAUUAAUAUUUCAAAUCCAUCGUCUUGAUUUAUUUCGUUGUUUUAAUCUUGUGUCAAUGUUUAAUAUUUUACUUUUGCACAAUUUUUUGGUUUGCCACCUGACAAGCUACAAAUAAAAAGUGGUUUUCAAUUCUCUUUCUAGGAAAUAAAUAUCACCUACCUACAUCUAUUUAUCUGAUCUUAUCCAUUUUCAGACAAUGCCACUAAUGUUUGUAUCGUGCCCAAUUGUUUUUAUUGAUGAACUUAAAUGGCAGUCCAAUGUCUCUAGUUACUUUAGUAGCAGUUAGUCUUUUAACAAAAUAAAUCCUUUUAUUGUACUUGACAGAAAACGCUAUGAGAGAGCAGAAAAAGAAUUUGUUGCUGCCAAAUUCGACUUGUUUUCUAAAGGGGAAGUGAAAGAGCAACUGACACAGCAUCUCUACACCAUCAUACACCAGAAUGAGGUGAGAAAAGCCAAGAAACUGGUCGAACUGAUGGAGAAGCUAGCAAUGGAUGUCACGCCUGAAGAAAUGGAAUUGACCAUACCAGCCAUCCCACAGCUGACAAACUUUACAGCAGUGGCAACACUUCAUGACCCGCAUCCUGCCAAGGGUGAUAACAAAGGGGGUAAUGAAGGUAAUGGUGGAGCUCAGAAAUUAAGCAGAGCAGACGGAUUGGACGGUGCAAAUGUCUCUAAGCAGGAAGUUAACAGUACGCUACCCAAUUGCAUCCUGCCAAGGGUGAUAACAAAGGGGGUAAUGAAGGUAAUGGUGGAGCUCAGAAAUUAAGCAGAGCAGACGGAUUGGACGGUGCAAAUGUCUCUAAGCAGGAAGUUAACAGUACGCUACCCAAUGCUGUCUCAAAAGAAGCUGAAAGUGUAAGUGAUUUACCUCCUGCAGCUCCAGUAUCUGAUAGGGUUAAUGUUGACACUCAGGUGAAUCAGGAUGGCUGUGAUCAGGUGCCAACACCAACUAUAGAGCAUUCAGGUGCAAAAACUUCUAGUUUAAUUUCAAAUGAUGGUGCACCUGAUGUCAUUAAAAACAUUUCACCCAUCACAUCAGAAGAAAAUAUAGUUGAGCUUUCAAAACAACAAGAAAUUGUGCUAGCACUUGGCCAGGAAAAUGAUGUUAUAUUUAGAGAUAUAACUAGCCAGAAUUCAUUAGCAUCUUCACCUUUAAGUUCAGGACGUGGAUGGACACAUCCUUUCACAUAAUAUGGCUUCCAAAAUGUCUGAUAAAUGUGUUUUUAUGGCUAAUGCCAAACAGUUUUAUGUUUUGUAAUAUAUUGUAUUUAUUUCCAUUUUGUAUUUCUGUUAAGUGCUAUGAAACAAAAAAUAUAUUGGUCUGAACAGGCUGGUCAUUAAUAGAAAUCAUUAAUUACUAAACUUGCCACACUAAUGCUUUAAGGACCAAUGUUUGCAGUACUGGUUGAAAACAUUAUCAUUUUUGUAUAAGGUCACUCCAUACCCUUCACUAUGAUUGUAGCAAUUAGCAGCACACACAAAUGGAAUAAUCUCACCUAAGUAUGGAGCUAUUGUGAUGUUUUGUAAACAGUUGGUCAGUUCCACUGUAUAGUUCAUUGUAUACUUUGUAAUUAAAGCACAUGUUUUUGGGGUUGUUUGAUAUAAAUUUACAAUAAAUACCUUCAUACAGGCUGCAGAAUCUUGAACUUAUUUUAUAUAUGCCAGAAAUAACCUGCCAAAAAAUUAUUAAAAAAUCUACUGACUUUACUUGAUAAAAACAUGUCAGUUAAAUAAUGCACUUGAUAAGAAUGUCAAUUAAUGCUAAAUUCUGGUAAUUAUUAUUUUACAUUUAUUUCUAACUUUUAACAACAAUACUUACAUUUUAAAGAAUUUAUAUAUUUACAUAUAGACCUAUGCAUAUUUAUUUUGCCAGAUUUAAAUUGUUUUGAUUUAGAUUGAUUUACGUUUUAAAAAAAUCUCACCAUCAGUGUUUUUAAGAAUCCCAUUUAGAAAUAGUAGUUGUAUCUUGCGCAGCUGUUGAUAAAAAAUGUACACACUGUUUAGUGCACUUUUGGGGAAAUUUAUUAUUUGUGUGCUCUUGAACAGACAUACAGACAUCCUUGAGAAUUAUUUGUGAUUUACUUGGUCUUUAAAAAUCUGCUCUUUUUUUUUACAAAUUUUUAUAUGAAAAUUAUUAUAAAAUUUAAUAUUUUAAAGUAUUUUUAUUUUAUACAGUAAUAUUAAUAAUUUUUCAAUACAACCUCUUGUUGCUUAAUGAAUGUUUAAAAUGUUUCAAAUCCAAUAUUUUGCCAUUAUAUGCCUUAUAUUUGAGAUGGUUUGUUGGGAUGUUUUUAGUACUUUAGAGGUGAAUCAUUUAAUAUGUAAAUCGGUUCUUUUCAUGAGCAGUUUGGCUUUGAUAAUUCAUUUAGAAAACUUUGACUUCCCGUUGGAUGAGAAAUUAGCAUGAUUUUCUUAUUAAAUUUUUAAAAAUCCACAAGUCCUGUGAUUAUUCUUUUUAAGAUUAUAACCUGGUUCACUAUACAGCAAAUCGCCUCUCUCCACGCCGUUGGAUAACCCAAGGGAACAUCAUAUGUGGAUGAGAGUUUGGCACUAGUGGCGUUGCAGGAGAUGUCAGUUCAUUGUGCCAAUUAUAUCUGCCUGUAAGACUCCAUCUCCGGGUUUGAGUUCAGAGUUUCCUUCUCUUAAAUGAGUUCCAUUGAAGGUUAACGAGUCCCAUCAACCCCCGGACUGAGCUCCAAAUCACAAACUUGAGAUUGACUCAGUUCAGACCACUCGGCCACCCAGCGCCCAAAAUUAACAGCCCUAAUAAAUAAUAUUAAAGCAUCCAGUCUAUUGAAAUUUCAAUAUCUUCAUUAAUGAUUGAUUUUUCAAACACACAGUUACUCUUAAUAAAGCUUUGGAAUGUAAAUGUUUAGUUACUACUCACAUCCGAUCUGUUUUGUGCAAUUGUUUGAAUAGGAUUAUUUAAUUAUUGUUGUUUAUUCACUGUAUUAUAUCCCAUACAAAGUUAUUUUACUGCUCACUACAAAUGGACAUGUACUGCUAUGCAUCUAUGCAAAGGUAUGCCAAAUAUUUAUUAUUACUUAUGACAUCCAGAAAUGUUGCAUUACUUAAUCACCCUGCUGAAAAAUGAGAGCUAUGCAUAUUGAACUUACUUUCACCUCUAUAACCUGGAGUGGAUCACACCAUGAUAGUAUGUCUGUGCAGUGUUUAAUUUUCACUGCAUUUUGGGGAUUUUUUUGUCUCUGGGUCAGGUAAAAAAUAAGACAGACACUUAAAAGCAUUAGUACCGUAACAAAGAAACUGUUUUUUCUAUUUUAAGAAUUAAAUCUGGGGUUUGUUUUUCUUAAAAUUGUAUUAACAAGUCCAUCAGAUCUUCAAAAAGAGUUUAGAGUUUAUAAUAUAUUUACCUUCACCUAUAGACAAAAUCAUAUUUCCCCCAAUUUCAUAUGCUUUAUGGCAAGUGGUGGGGUUAAAUUACUUUUGUUAUUUUUCUUAAGAUGCAGUUUGGUGAUUUUUACAAAUUCUGAUAGCUUAAAUACCUUCAUCAACACAACCAAUUAAAAGUCUUUUUAUGAAAAGAUGUCACCUAAAAGUUCACAGAAACAGUGUAUAAAAUGAAAUAUAACAAAAACUUUGUCUUCUGUGAUAGUUGUUUUAAAAAAUAUUUGUAUUUUUGAUUGUGACUGAAUUUGUACUUAGGUGGGUUUGUUUUCCUUUGCUAAGUACUAUAUAUGUAAAUUAAAUAAAAUAUUUACUAAUGACAUUUAAAAAAAAAACACAGUAUUUAUAGCAUGUGUAUUGUAUGUUGAACAAUAUUCUUCCAUGUGAUAAAUUUUUUUAUUCAGAUAUCAUUGAGAGGGUAUAUUAUAAACAAAUGCUUUUUCUUAAUGUAGGUUUAAUGAUAAGGUUCAUUAUAUUUUAUAAUACAAUCGAGAAAUGUUUAAGUGGCCAUGACAAUAAGUAACCAAAAAAAACUGCCUCAAAUUGAGAUUGUUUAAAAAUUUCUUUAGAGUUUUAAAUAUUUGUUUCACAAUAUUCCUGAAAUUACAUUUUUUUUUCUAAUUUGCUGAGUAAAAGAUCUGAUUUUUAAAAAGAUUGAUACAUGCUCAUAAAUAAAAAGGGUUCAUUAUAAUUACUGACUCUAAAUUGUUGUUAAUUCAGCUAACUAUAUUUUUUUUCAGGCAUACAAACUGCUACUGCUGCUGAAUACUGUAACCAUACUAAUGUCAUAUGGUCAUGAAAUU